AUGGGCGACACGACGUCGUCGUCGUACGGCAGCUUCGUGGAGCUCUCCCGCUGGGCCAACCCCGAGGCUCUCAAGGAGUUCGGCGGCGGGGAGCCGUGGGUCGUGGCCCUGGUGUGCACGACGGCAGCCGCGCUCUUCAUCGUCCCGAUGAUCUACUUCUUCGUCGGGGAGCUGUUCACCGACGCGGUGUACGAGGAGCGCGUGGGCGGCGCCAACCGCCUGCCGAAGGAGGUCAGGGACAAGCGCGCCAGGGAGGCCGCGAAGGCGGCCAAGCAGGCCUGA